ACAUGAAACGACCCCGUCUGGACCAAACCAAAUACUCUCAAAUCUACAAAGGACAAAACCCGGCACCUCUCUAGUGGAUCACCAUGGAAGAAGUCAUCCUAGUGGAUCAAAACUUCCCCUUGUUUUCCCGCCGUGGUAAAACCAACAAAGCUACUCCCUCCCAAAUUAACCCCGCCCCACCUGUUACCGCCGCCGCCUCCACCACCACCCUGCAAGACCUCAAACCGCUCCUGCAGAAGGAAACCGAUUCCGACGACCCUAUUCCCACUACUCCCAACCACAUCUCCUUCUCCGACUUGGGCCUAGCUGAAUGGGCCGUCCAGACCUGCAAAGAACUCGGAAUCAAGAGACCUACUCCGGUACAGCGCCACUGUAUCCCUCGAAUCCUCGCCGGCCAGGACGUCUUGGGCCUGGCCCAAACCGGCAGCGGCAAGACCGCCGCUUUUGCGCUCCCCAUACUCCACCGCCUGGCUGAGGACCCUUACGGGGUGUUCGCUCUGGUGAUUACUCCCACCCGGGAGCUGGCUUACCAGCUGGCGGAGCAGUUCCGGGCACUGGGGUCGGGCUUGCACCUGCGCUGCGCCGUGGUUGUAGGUGGGAUGGAUAUGAUCAACCAAGCCCAGACGCUGAUGCAGCGGCCCCACGUGGUUAUAGCAACUCCCGGAAGGAUUAAGGUUCUCAUUCAGGAGAAUCCUGAUGACGUCCCUGCUGUUUUUUCCAAUACCAAGUUCUUAGUUUUAGAUGAAGCGGACAGAGUGCUUGAUGUGGGCUUCGAGGAGGAACUCAGAGUAGUCUUCCAGUGCUUGCCAAAGGAUCGGCAAACUCUGCUUUUCUCUGCUACCAUGACCAGUGAUCUACAAACACUAAUGGAGCUUUCUGCAAAUAAGGCAUACUUUUACGAGGCAUAUGAAGGAUUCAAGACAGUGGAGACUCUUAAACAGCAAUACGUUUUUAUCCCAAAAAAUGUGAAGGAUGUUUAUCUCCUAUACAUUCUAUCCAAAUUGGAAGAUAUGGGUGUUCGCUCGGCCAUCAUUUUUGUUUCCACCUGCAGGAGUUGUCAGCUUCUAAGUUUGUUGUUGGAAGAACUUGAUGUUGAAGCUGCAGCAUUGCAUUCCUUCAAAUCCCAGUCUUUGAGGCUUUCUGCAGUACAUAGAUUCAAAUCUGGGCAGGUUCCUAUAUUGCUAGCAACAGAUGUUGCAAGUCGGGGUUUAGAUAUCCCAACCGUUGAUCUUGUCAUAAAUUAUGACAUCCCAAGGUUUCCACGCGAUUAUGUUCAUCGUGUAGGGCGCACUGCAAGAGCAGGGAGAGGGGGGCUUGCUGUUAGUUUUAUUACCCAGAAUGAUGUUGAUCUUAUUCACGAAAUUGAAGCUGAACUUGGAAAACAGUUGGAGGAAUUUGAGUGCAAGGAAAAGGAUGUUCUUGCUGAAAUUACAAAGGUUUACAAGGCCAAACGAGUGGCAACCAUGAAGAUGAUGGAUGAAGGAUUUGAGGAGAAAGCAAAAGCACGGAAAGCUCAGAAGUUGAAGGCACUAGCAGAGAAAGGACUAUUGAAAAGUAGUAAAAAGCGAAAAAGGAAGAAGGGGGUAUCUGAUCAAUUGGUGGAAGUUAAGAAAGCUUACUUUCACCAUCUUCCCUAAUUUUAUACGUGCUCACACAUAAUUAAGUCUAUUAAGAGCUAUCUUUUGCGCAGCCUUGUUUGGAUUGUGGUUUUCGGAGAAAAUUUUUUACGUUUUUCGUGAACACAUUUUCUAAUCAUC